CGGCCGGAUCGCUGCUUCUGCCGCCUCCUCCCCUUCUUCCUCCUCCUCUCCUACGCAGUACUAUGAGGCGGCCCUGACGGGGGGCACCGCAGCCCGCCCGCCCUGCCCCCCUUCCCCCCCUCCUCACCCCCCCCUCGCCCCCAGCCCCCUGUCCUCGCCUCAGCCCAGCCCAACGAAGCCCGGCACGGCGGCGGGGUCUGGGCUCCCCACCCGCCCCCCGAUGACUGCGGCAAACUGCGGCGGCGCAAACGACGAGUUCGACUUCAGGCUCAUCUUCGGGGAGGACGGGCAGCAGCCGGGCCCGGGGCCGCCGUCGACGACGCCACUGCCACAGCCGCUUGGGCCUGCCGCCGCCUCAGCAGAUCUUGAACCUGAUGACUGUGCUUCUGUGUGCAUCUUCAGUGUAGAUCACUCAUCAUCUGUAAAUCAUCCUAUUUGUAUCCCUUGUCAUGCAUUUCAGUCACAUCAUUCUCCUUUGUCUUCGCCUACUAGACUGCAGGAUCAUAAAAGCUAUGAAGGAAUGUGUGAAGUACCACAAUCCAAGUACAGUGCACUAGGUGGUCCUAAGACAUUUGAGUGUCCUAGCAUUCAAAUUACAUCUAUUUCUCCUAACUGUCAUCAAGGAAUAGAAGCCAGUGAAAAUGAAUUGCACACAAAUGGCCCUCAAAAUGAAUAUAUGGAAAGGCCUUCAAGGGACCAUUUGUAUCUUCCUCUUGAGCCAUCUUACAGGGAUUCGUCCCUUAGCCCAAGUCCUGCCAGCAGCAUUUCCUCCCGAAGCUGGUUCUCGGAUGCCUCCUCUUGUGAGUCGAUUUCUCAUAUUUAUGAUGAUGUGGAUUCAGAACUGAAUGAAGCUGCUGCUCGAUUUACCCUUGGAUCACCUUUGGCAUCUCCUGGAGGUUCUCCAAGGGGCUGUCCAGUGGAUGAACCCUGGCAACAAUCUUAUGGAUUUGGGCAUGCCUUGUCACCUAGACAAUCUCCUUGUCAUUCUCCUAGGACUAGUAUCACAGAUGAAAAUUGGCUUAGCCCUAGGCCAACCUCAAGACCAUCAUCGCGACCUACAUCACCGUGUGGGAAACGGCGACAUUCUAGUGCUGAGAUCUGUUACGUUGGUUCACUUUCUCCUCACCAUUCUCCAACUCCCUCUCCAGGACAUUCUCCUAGGGGAAGUAUAACUGAAGACACAUGGCUAAAUUCUUCUCUUCAUGGUCUGACUCCUGGCCUUUCACCUUUUCAGUGUUGUGCAGAGACUGACAUCCCUCUUAAAACACGAAAGACCUCCGAGGAUCAAACUGCCAUUAUAUCAGGAAAAAUAGAGCUUUGUUCUGAAGAACAGGGUAGUUUAUCACCAUCACUUGAAACAGCAAUAGAUGAUAACUCUGGAGCCCAGCAUAUGUUAAAAAAAGACUUGUCUGGUGACCAAUUUCUUUCUGUUCCUUCACACUUCACCUGGAACAAACCAAAGCCUGGCCAUACUCCUAUCUUUCGCACAUCUUCGUUGCCUCCCCUAGACUGGCCUUUGCCUACUCAAUAUGGACAGUGUGAAUUGAAAAUAGAAGUGCAACCAAAAACUCAUCAUAGAGCACAUUAUGAAACAGAAGGCAGUAGAGGAGCAGUAAAAGCAUCAACUGGUGGCCAUCCUGUAGUGAAGCUCCUGGGUUAUAGUGAAAAGCCAGUAAACCUACAGAUGUUCAUUGGGACAGCGGAUGAUCGUUAUCUACGGCCACAUGCCUUCUACCAAGUGCAUAGAAUCACGGGUAAAACAGUUGCUACUGCUAGUCAAGAGAUAAUUAUUGCAAGCACAAAGGUCUUGGAAAUUCCACUUCUUCCUGAAAACAAUAUGUCAGCCAGUAUUGACUGUGCAGGUAUUUUGAAACUCCGCAAUUCAGACAUAGAACUUCGUAAAGGGGAGACAGAUAUUGGAAGAAAGAAUACAAGAGUGCGGCUUGUGUUUCGAGUUCACAUCCCACAGCCUAAUGGAAAAGUCUUGUCCCUUCAAGCUGCUUCAAUACCUGUUGAAUGCUCUCAGAGAUCGGCUCAAGAACUUCCUCAGAUAGAGAAAUACAACAUCAACAGUUGCUCAGUAAAUGGAGGCCAUGAAAUGGUUGUUACUGGAUCGAACUUCCUUCCAGAAUCAAAAAUAAUAUUUCUUGAAAAGGGGCAAGAUGGAAGGCCUCAGUGGGAGGUGGAAGGAAAAAUAAUUAGAGAAAGGAGUCAAGAGGCUACAAUUGUUCUUGAAGUUCCUCCAUACCACAACAAAACAGUUACAGCUACUGUCCAGGUGCAGUUCUAUGUUUGCAAUGGCAAGAGGAAAAAAAGUCAGUCUCAGCGUUUUACUUACACUCCAGUUGUACUAAAGCAAGAGAACAGAGAUGAAAUGGAUUUGUCUUCAGUUCCAUCAUUGUCCUUGACUCGUUGUACAGGUGUUAAAGGACUCUCUUCUCUCCAAACUCAGCUGCCUUCACCAGAUCCAGGGCUCUCGCAUGAUAGUUUACUUUCUACUUCACCUAGGAGCCUUGUAUGUCCAGUUCAGCAGACGUACACAUCCAUGGCAUCCUCACCAGUAUCUCAGUUGCCACACAUCCAGAAUAGAAGCAUUAGUCCAGGUGAAGAGCAUCAUGUUUUGUCUCCAGCUGUAGUCCACCAAUCUUUUCAGGUAACAUCAGCACCUUCUGCGAGGCCUUCCUACCAGCCUAUGCAAUCUAAUGUUAUGUUUAAUGGACAGACUGGUCUUCCCAUGAACUCUGCUUCCUCCAGCCAAGGAUAUGAUGCAAUUUCAUUUCAACAAGAUGCAGCUGUACCUCCAUUGAUAAACCUUAGCUGCCAAUCUCUACCAACAAUGCCCUAUCUUUCUUCAAGUCCAGUUUCAGUGUCAACUUCAGCUGCAACAGGAGUGCAUCCUUCAGUCCACCCAACUCAAUCAAGACAAUCGUCACCUCAUUUGCAGUCAAUGGGAUACCAUUGUCCAAAUCCUCUGCAAAGUUCUGUCUCUUCCACAAUGACUCAGUCCCUGGGACACCCUUCCACACAGUUGCAACAAGUUACUUACCAUUCUUCAAAUCCAGGUAACACUUCAUCACCAUCCCCAAAACCUUCUCAUUCAUUGGGCCAUUCACCACGAUCUGGGCCAUCUUCUCCACAAUUGCAGCCUAUGCCUUACCAGACUCCUAGCUCAGGACCCGCUUCAUCUCCUCCUCCAACUGCUGUUGGUCACUCUGGACAACAGUCCCCACAGGCACACAGCCCAGGCUUGGGUGGAAUUCCUGCAGCUUCAUCUUUGAUGCAUCAUAACAUAUGUGACUCAUCUCCAUUUUCACCAGAGGAAUCAGCUGUUAACAUUAAACCUGAACCUGAAGAUCGAGAGUUGAAUUUUCAGACAAUAGGGUUGCAAGACAUCACUUUGGAUGAUGUGAAUGAAAUCAUAGGAAGAGAUAUGUCACAGAUCUCGGUGUCCCAUGGAGCAGGGGUGGCUAUCCAUUCUCCGCAUGCAUCUUCUGCAUCUCUGGAGACAGGACUAUCGGAUGGAAUUCAGUAGCUGCUAAGCUUGUGACUUAGUGAUCCAGAAAACUUCGCACUUUUCCUUUGAGUAAUGCUUCAUCCCCCUCCUUAGAUUUACUGUGCUUCCGACUUUGUGGCCUUGAUGAUCUGGAACAGUGGAUCCUUUGCAUAGCUGUUCUGGGAGGGUGGGGAAACGGUUACACUUCUAGCUUCCUAGGAUGCUGUAAAAAUUACUUUGUAAAAAUGGACACAAAGAAGCAACCCAAGAUACUUUAACCAUGAAAAAAUACCAAUGAGCUAUGCUUGUUUUGUGCAUUUAAUAGAAUACUUUUAUAUUAAGUGCUUAAUUGUAUGGAGAAAUAUAGUUUUGCUCUCAAUAUGCACAGUACUGAAUGUGGGAUUUUUUUUUUUAAAAAAUACACAUCUUCAUAUGCUGCUUUUCCGUAGAAAUAUUAGGACUGUAAUAUAAAUUUGUAUACCUUUUUGGGGGUCUUUUGAAGAGCCUUUAAGCUUAUAUUGUUUGAAAGAGAACUUUUUUUUAUAAUGAAAUCUUCCAGAGGCACAAAAGUACCUGUCAUCUUAAGCCAAUGCCUUGGAAGUCUUGCGUAUAAAAAAUAGCAUUUUCUUUGGACUUUUAGGAAGCAAAGCCAAAUGUAGGUCUGUGUUCUUUAUACAUUGAAAAUCCUUGGUAGGCUGCAAAGAGACCAUUCCAUCUUGGAAAUAUUGGGAUAAAAAUGACAUUCCAAAAUCUAACUUUUAUAACUUUAUACCCCUUGCUAGCACAGGCCCCCCUCUAAGUGAAACAUGUUUUUCUAGUUCAGAACAGUUUAUAAAAUGCUAAUUUUUAAAGAGAGAAACAAGAUUUUUGGAUGCUGAAAAGCCAUGCUCUAUAAGGAAACCUUUUGGUUGGAAUAGUUUUAAGUACGGGUUAUCCGCACUGUCUUGAAAUCCCUCAGGUAGGGUUUUUCACUUAGUCCAUGAUGUGUCUCCCCACCCCCACCCCACCCCUGGACAAAUCCAAUUUAUAUCUCUUGUUACUCAGACUUGUUUCUUAAAAAUAUUUUCUUUAUAACAUUUUGAUACUUAUGUUCAUGGGGAUUCCUCCUUCAAGAAAUCUGAUUAGUCCCAGUAUGUAGUAAAGGAAAUGUAACAGGUUUUGAUAAAUAGUGAAAAACUGUUUAGCCGCUCAUGCUCUUAACAGUUGUGCUUAAUACGCUGACAGAGGCAGCUUUUUCUAGUAGUUAACAGACGUCAGGGCACACCCACCAUGAAUUUCUCUCCUGCAAGCGCCAUUGAAAGUAGUGGGGACUGCCCUUUUGCAACUCCUGUUGUACUUCCAGCAACCCACACCAUCAAGGAAUCAUGUUUACACUACAUUUUGAAAUUUCAGACCACACUGAAUAAAAAUAAAUAAAUCAUGAUUGGAGCCGAAACGUCAGUGACACAACUUUGUGUUAGUAUUUCAUACAAGAUGGGCAAUUACGAGUUCAUAAUCCAAACAUGUAAUAUCCAGAAUCCCUGUUAGAUAGUAAAUUUAUGUUGCUUUUUGUAUGAAUAUUGAGUUUUUAAAAUAAAUUGAAAAUCCAGCUUAUUCAGCUUUGACUAGCCAAAUAAGAAAGAGGGACUCCAGAUUGCUAAGAGAGUUUUUGAAAGCAAUCAAGUAAAGAUUAAUCUGGCCUGGCCUGUUGUAAAAACAUUAUAAGUCUUAACUGCAUCUGUUCUAACUCUGGCCCAUCAGGUAGGAAGCCCAAUGCGUUUUAAUCAAUUUCCCACAUCUCCUGUGAAGAGAGCUUUGUCCUCUUUAAGCCUCCUUUUAGCCAUCAAGAGGGCACUGACAGAUAUUAGCCCCAACUGGCAAUGUUCUACUGACUGAUUUGUCACUUGGUCUGCCAGUGGCCCACCCUUCAGUGUAAAAUAAAAUACAGUACAUUCAGAUGUUUGUGCUUAUCUUCAGUGGAAACCUAAUGCCUGUCUUCUACAAAAUUCCUAAAAGUUUAGAAUAUAUAUAUAAACCUUGACAGUCAAAGCAAAUAUGAUUUUGGGGGUUAGAAUUUACAAUUCAAGAGGGAAGGAAGUGGCCUUCAUAUGAACAGCUAUCUUGAAUGCUUUAAUUAGGUAGAUGUCAAAUUGGAGUAGCUCUUAAAUUCAUCCCUUUCCCCCAGUAAAUUUGCUUUUAAUUAACUUUUUGAGAUAUGUAAUGUUAUUAGACUACUGUUACUAGAUUGUCAUAUAUAAAUAUUAGAAAUCAAAAGGAGCAGUACUGUCAUUUGGAAAAGGUAGUCUCUCUAGUGUUGCUUUUAGGUAAGUCUGUCUUCUGUUCACAUAAGUUAAAUAGCUUUAAAAGAAGCUGUACAGCUAAGUACAUGUGUAGCACUUCACUCCUUUUUAAAUUGCCUUAGCCUUUUCAUGUCUAGUUGGUGACAAUUCCUGCAUUACAGUUUUCACUCCGUAAGUAGUAAUGGGUCUCUAGUAACCAGUGGUUGCAGGGAGAUUUCAAGUUUUCAGAGCUUUCUGUAUGCCAUGGGGUUUUAUGCUCCUUGGUGGUGUGCAGUGUAGCCUCUUCCCUCUCUUAAGUCCUCCUGAGUAGUUUUGAAUUUAUAUUUUUCCUAAAAUAUGGGAACCCAAACAAUCCCGUGUUGCUAUGCACUAAGUGAGCAAUCCACCAAAAGCUGUACCAUUACAGCCUCUCUCCAUUUCAGCAGGGCUUGCACAGGGGAGCCCCUUGCAAGCAAGCUACUGAAACAAUUUGAGAUUUUUGCAGCUAUGGAAUUGGCGGAUGGUUCACAAAAUCUUCUGAUGCCUUUAAAUACCUUGAUGCCUGUAGAUGUAGAACUGCUUUCCUAUUUAAAACAAAAACAUAGACUUUGGGUACUAAAAAUGGUUGUAUUUGCCUUGUAAACACUUCAGUGCAAGGGUCUUAAUUUUAUUUUAAUGUUUUGCUUGUGUGAUGCUAUAGAUUUAAAGACUGUUAAUCUUGUGUAAUGUAGUGGAUAUAAAAGCACAUGAUUUCUAUUGGACUAUGCAACUUACAAUUUUCAGCAGUCGCCGCCUGUGACUGGCACUUUGGCAUCUACCUUGCUAGCCUCUCCGGCCUCCAGAUCUACACAAUUGCUUUCUAUGCUGAUGUCCAUUUUUUAAAAAAAAAAUAUUAUGGAAAGCAUUCAUAAAACAACUCUCAACAGAAAGAGUGGAGGCUUUUGUUAAUCAAAUGAGGAGGCAGCACAUGGCCCAUUUGAUAUGGGCUACUAAAAGCAGUUUUGGCUUUACCAAAGUUUGACCACAAUCUGGCACUCAUUGUAAUAAACUCUUCAUCAGAGAAAUGGAACUGCCAUCCUUUGUAAACCAAAGAUUAAAGAAGAAGAAAAAAAGACAAAUUUUGUUUGUAUGCAAACAAAACUUUGAAAACUCUAUUUUUGAUACACAAAAUGAAUGUCAUUCCUUGAGAGGUUUGGAGACUAUUCAAAUUGAAGUUUUAUAUUUAACCAUGUGGGACAAUAAUGAUUUUAAGACUAAAGGUUACAUUCUAGAUGUUUACAGAGCCUUGUAUUGUAAUUUCAUGUACAUUUUGUGUAUUAAACCUUUUGUAAGUUA